UGGUGAAUGUAGACGUGUUUUUCGACCAGCUUUCGCCUCAAGUUAGCGUUCAAAAGCGUUUUUUCGCAAAGUUUUCGCGCUUUUUGUAAAAAUUCGAGUUAAAUUGUCGGCAAGCGGGAGUCAAGAACAACAGAGUUUUGGCCAAGAAGAACGAGGAAAGCGCAGAGUUGAGCGUUUUGAGCACUCAACUCUUCAACUGGUGAGGACCCCAGGAGUCAACAUUUUUAAAAAAGGACUAGGCGAAUUUAAUUCCCUGUCAAAAUGGAAUCCGCUGCUGUUUUAUCAGCCACCUGCCCAUCAUGGCGAGAAAUCACCCACACUAAGCCCAAUACUGAACGUGGACACAAAUUUGGACUUCUCAGACAUGGAAGCUUCAGUACUCCACUGCGUCAAUCCGUACGACGUAAACCCGAUAAGUGGUACAACGGUCGUACAGGAAGAGAGCGCCUCAACUGGAAAACCCAUCAAGCUCGAAAUGGAAGAAUUCAGCGAUCUUGCGCCGUUUCUUCCCGAGUUUUCGCAAAAGACAACGACAAGUACUACAGAUGAACUAAAUACGCCGAUUUUUGAUCGAAAAGGACCGUUUAAUUUUAUGGUAUAUGAAAAUACAGUUAUAGAAUCACCACAAGCCGCAGAUCCUUUUAAGUUUGAAUAUGACACAAUCCGGACGGGUAAUAGUGUACUUUCAAGCAAGCAAAUCAAUGACUUUUCAGUUUACGCAAACACUGUGAACGUUCAACUGCAAGACACCAACAAUAGUGAAAUAGUUAAUAUCGUUCAAGGGUCUGAGGCUAAUAUCCUGUUCGCAACAUCUGAAUCAGAUCAGGGAAAUAUCUACAUAAUUAAUGGAAACGAAACCCCAAGACAUGUGCAAAGUGAAGAUCAAAUUAGUGCAUCUCUAUUUAAAGUUGAAGAUACUACUAGUGUUAUAAGUGUAAAAAGUAACGAGAAUCAGUACUCGAACGUUUCUUCGCCUUGCAAUGAGUAUUCCGUGAAUACCAACACGAGCACUGAAGGACAAUACUCCAACGUAUCAUCACCCAGUAAUGACUAUUCCAGGACUAACCUAGGAAUUGAGACACCGGAAGACAGCAACAGCAGCUGUGCCACGCAAAUAUCAAAGAAGGUGCCCAAGCUGAAACUAAACCUCUCAUUCAACCAACCAAUGGUACUUAACACCCCUGACGUCAUUGACUCCGUAGUCGACCUAGAGACAAGCUUCAACAUCCUCGACUACGUCAAUGAAAAGGAUGUGACAACGGUAAACAUAGAGGAUAUCCAUUUUGAACACCCCUCAACAUCCAGGGAAUUGACCGCCGAAAUCGAGAACAUCGCGCCAAAGCUUCGCAAACGCAAGAGCAAACGAUAUGACGACGAUGAAGAUUACGUCCCUCCGUCGAAAAAAGCCGGCAAAAGAGAGCCGAUUUCUUCAGAUUCCGAAAGUGAAGUGGAAGUGUCGCUUAGUAGUAAACGAGGGCGACCGCCAAGACGCACAUCAUCAAUCAGUUCGGAUCACUCUGAUGCUUCAAAAUACAGGGAAUUGAGAGAUAAGAAUAAUGAAGCUUCGCGAAAAUCAAGAUUGAAGAGGAAGAUGAAGGAAAUGUCCCUGCAGAGAGAAGCUGAAGAGUUGUACGAGAAGAACGUCAAACUUAAAGCACAAGUUGAAGAGUAUGAAAGGAUGGUUAAUAACUUCAGGAAUAAUUUGUUCAAGAUAAUGCUUAAAAAAUAGUUUAGUGUGAUUAUUUGUUAAGUUAUGCUAGUGAUUUGGGGUUUCUUUAGGAUAAGAUGUACUUUUUAUUUGUUGUUUCUGUUUUAUAGAAUACACUUAGAUUUUUACAACUUGUUUCAUGAUAUCGUAUUGUACUAUUGUUCUUACCUUAUAUCUUAACGUUUUCUUAUAUUCACUCGUUUGUUAAUUGGAGAAAUUUUAAUUAAAGAAUUGGACAAUU